GAAAAAUGAGAAAGGGGCUGCGUAUUCGUCUGUUUCCCCCAAUCGCGGCUCUAUGCUCUCAGCGUUGUAUAUUAGGCAAAGGGCAUAAAACCUUGAUCGCCUGCACUCAUCGAUGCAAGAUCACCGCUCCUAGAGUGAUGCUUGAGCACCGCCGACAACCUUUGUCUUCCAGAAUCCCACUAUGCUGACUUCCGUCUUCGCUGCAUAUAUCCUGGUUUUUUCGGGAGCUCUGGCUAAGCCAGAGCAGAUCCGAGCCGUACAGGACCCACUCUAUCACUUCUAUCUGCAGUCGUACCCCAAAAAUGCUUCACUGGCGGUAAUGGGACCGGAAUCCUCGUCCGAGUACUUUAAUAUCAACGGGAGCAUCCAGUCAGCCAACACAAGCCUCUACCUCAACGUGGGCAGUGACAGCACAUCGUAUAAGACGCUGACGUUUGGCACGUCUGCAUCGACAAAUGCGUGGGCCUUAGAGGGUGAUACGAUCAUCACGGCGCAGGCCAGCAGCUGGGGAAGACAGCUCAACUUUCUCGCCUGCAAGCUGGACGGAAACUUCUGGCAGGUCUACUUGCAGACAGGCAGUGCAACACCCAGUGGAGCCACAUGUAGCAACUACCAGUCGCUGCACUUGCCUUGCCUGUGUUGAGCUUGGGUU